UAAUAAUUGGCAUAAAGUCUAAAUGAAGUCAUGUUGGGCGUGUUGAUAAAAACUAGAUUGUAAAUAUAAACACAAAGAAAUGUUUGCUGGCUAGUGAAAAUACUUUUUAAAUUCAGAUUUAUUUUAUAAUUCUUUUGUUUUAGGUCGUUGGUGCAUGUGUAUUAUUUUCUUCUCUGUUUUUAGAUUAGCACAAUACAUGGUUGUCGGUUAUAGGAGGGGUUAGUGCGCUGCAGGAAGCUCCGUGCAGACACACACGGGAUGUUUGACCGUCUCUAAUCUGUGAUGGAGCUACACAAAAGUAUUUUUCUCCUUUUCACGGUGAUGAUCUCAUCUGAUACUGUGGAAGUGAAGAAGAACCUGACAGGCACUGAGGGAGGAUCCAUUACUCUACCUGACCCUGUGAAGGAGUUUGGAUUUCUCAGCCUUGGAGGAAAGAAUCUUGCUAUGGUGAUCGAGAGGAGAUUCCAGAUUAUUGAAGAAGAUUACAAAGACAAAGUUCUCUGGGACAACAACACUGGACUCUUUACAAUCACAGGACUGCAGAGGAACAACUCUGGAAUUUAUAUUGUUGACUCUAAAAAAGUUUUUACUACAGCAUAUAAACUCACAGUGUAUGAGUCUGUCCCAGCUCCUGCAGUGAACAGUGUGAGUGUGAGUGCUGAGAGCUGCACCCUGCUGUGUUCUGUAGAGAAAGCUGGAGAGCUGCUGACACUGUCGUGGUACAAAGACGAGGGGAUAGUGAUCCAGAACAGCUCCGCUCUCUCUCUGCUUCUCACUGUACACAAGCAGGAUUUCAGCUCCUCGUACAGAUGUGUGGCUGCAAACCCUGCUGAACAAAAGACUGUUACAGUCGAUGUUAAGACAUCCUGCAGUGAAGACAACAACAAAGACAAUGACGGUAACCCCAAACGUCAAUAUAUGGUCACAUAUAUAAUCCCCAUCGUGUGUGCAGUAAUCAUCAUAUUUGUUGCUGUUAUAAUCAAGCAGAAGUUUUUUAACAAAAAAAAAACAACGACCACACAAGGCAGAUUCAGUGAACAGCGAACAGGAGGUGCAGUAUACUGAGAUAAAUAGAGCGGGAUACAGACCCAGUCAGGGAGGACAUUUACCAGAUUCAUCAGGACCUGUUGACCGUUCCAAUCUAACAACAGUCUAUGAUAAACUGGAGGCUCAUCGCAUGGUCGAUUCAGACACUGCUGAUCAUGUUUAUGACCAAACAUAUCCACAUACAUGAGCUACUGAGUGACUCCAGAGAUAGGAGAAAAUAUCAAGUUCUUCAAGUUUGUGAUAUAUUCAUAUAUGCACUGUUUGUGGACAUCCACACAUUUCAACGUCACAGUAUGUGAUUUGAAGAAAAACUGUGUAAUCAGACAUUCUGUGUAUGUAAGCAGUGGAGGAGUGUUUGAGCUUAUCAAGGACCACCUUCUUGUAGAUGAUAUGUCACAGCUUGUAAAGUAUAUGGCUGCAUACUACACACAGAUUAAUCACUGUUUUUAAGUAAAUAUUUUCACUAUGUGGCCUGCUUUGUCUUUGUGCUAUGCUCAUUUUAUAUAAAUGCUAAAUGGA